AUGUACAUCCUGCGCAAAGGAAAUGAUGUUGUGUUGUCGUUCCGUGUGUAUAUUGACCGGACUCAGCAUGAUGACGUCGUUUGGAUGUCAUACACUACUCACCGGGAUACUAUUUCAUUCGACCAUAUUUCAUUAUACUCCGGAUGGCUGGCAUUUGGGACUAAUAUCAUGUGUAGGUAUUUUCCAGAGCGGUGGAUGCGACAGUUUGGGUAUGUGCAAAUAAUUUCGAGGUCCUCCUCCGAGGCUUCUCUUAUCAACAUUGUCCGCAUAGAAGUGAAUGAAAUUGCAGCGAAUUUUAAGAGUCGUCUGGUACCGGAGGAGUACCGGAGUCAGGAAGCCACAUCUGAGUGGAAUCAUGUUGAGGUUUACAUGACUUGGUUUUAUUCUGUGUCACACCCUUACAUGACACCAAAUGCUCAUAGACGUCCACCUAGGUCUGCUCAUGAGGAGAUCUUGGAGAAUGAUCAGGUCAUGGAUGACCAUGUCGUUGAUUUGUUGUCAGUCGGUCAAAAUAUUAUGCAGAUUUUAAGAGAGGUUAUCGAGUCUGGACUAUUUGAGAGAGGUGGUGAUGAAGUUGUUACCCUAGCAUGUUCCAGUCUUACCAAUGUACGGAAUGCCUUGGGUUACUGUAGGCAGAGGAGGAGUCAAACUGUUAGGAUUAGGCAUACUCAAUAA